GCACAAUGAGAUGCUCCACCGAAUUCAUAUAUAUAUUAUUCAUAUCUUUUCGAUUUUUUAAUUCUUUUAUUCUUUUAUUUUUUUCUCUAUCUGAUAUCUUUUCUUUUCGGCCAUCAUAUUAUAUAACACCAUAUUAUAAUAGUCAAAAAUAAUGAGCUUGUCCACAGAACUAAUAUCAAAGUUUUCUGUCGUUUCCGACGUUUUCAAUAACAACGCUACGUCUCAGGCACUUUCAGCUGAUUCCUUUAUCCAAGUAUUUAAAAAUGUCAAUACUUCCAAAAUCGAGUUGAAUCUUCUCGAAAAAUUGUGGGCUUCAUGGUAUAUUUAUAUGAACAAUGAUAUUUUGGCCACAGGUCUUAUGAUUUUUAUUUUGCAUGAAUUGAUGUACUUCGGUAGAUGUGUUCCAUGGAUGAUUAUUGAUCACUUUAAUUUAUUUAAAAAAUACAAAUUACAGCCAGAUAAAUAUCCAAGUGAUAAAGAACAAUGGGAAUGCUUAAAAGCAGUACUCAAAUCUCAUUUCCUUGUCGAAGCUUUGCCAAUUUGGACAUUUCAUCCAAUGUGCUUACAAUUGGGUAUUUUAUAUGCAGUUCCUUUUCCUUCUUUGAAAACCAUUGCUUACCAGGUUGCUAUUUUCUUCUUUUUGGAAGAUAUGUGGCAUUAUUGGUUCCACAGAUUAUUCCACUAUGGCCCUUUCUACAAAUAUAUCCAUAAACAACAUCACAAAUACGCUGCCCCAUUUGGUUUAGCUGCAGAAUAUGCUCAUCCAGUCGAAGUCAUGGCUUUGGGUUUCGGUACUGUUGGUUUUCCAAUGAUUUAUUCUUAUUUUUUCAGGAAUUUACAUUUAUUCACUGUUUGUCUUUGGAUUGUUUUAAGAUUAUUCCAAGCUGUUGAUUCUCACUCAGGUUAUGAUUUCCCAUGGUCAUUUAACAAGGUUUUUCCAUUGUGGGCUGGUGCUGAACACCACGACUUGCACCACCAUUACUUUAUUGGUAACUACGCUUCUAGUUUUAGAUGGUGGGAUUUCACUUUAGAUACUGAAUCUGGUCCAGAUGCUAAAUCCAACAGAGAAAAAAGAAUGAGACUCAGAGCUGAAAAAAAAGCAAAAAAAUUGUAAUCUUAUAGUCCUUAUAAAUUAACAUAAACUAAAUUAAAGAAUUUAUCAUUAAUUUGAUACUUCAAUAUUCUAUUAUUCACCCCUAAUAAUUACAAACUACCUAUUCACUAUCACAAUUAUAAGUUAGAUACUUAUUCAUUUUAUUCAACUUCAAUUUUUACUUCUUUCGACUGAUUUUGUUUUACAGUCCGAUUUAUAUUUUUAUAACUUGAUAUCUUCUUUUACUGCUUUUAUUCUUAUAUACUGUUUUUUUUUCUCACCGCUAAGGCCAAAUCAAUAAAUAUUGUGUUAUAUUCCCAAAAAUA